UGAAGGAAAGAAGUUUGCCUGCAUCAGCCCCAAACUAGUGAUUUCAUGAAUGCAUCAGUUUCCAUUCAUGUCAACAUCAUCACCUUGUCUCUUAUUUCCUGAUUUCUUGUCCUCCAGCAAGUGCAACUGUUAGAAUUCUCCAAGUCAGAAGAUCUGACUCUGAAAAAUACCCUAAGUUCAUUCUGCUAUGGAAUGGUUCAAUGUCACUCAGCCUGCAUUCUUUCUCCUGACUGGUAUCCCUGGCCUGGAGAGCUCUCACUCCUGGCUGGCAGGGCCUCUCUGUGUGAUGUACGCUGUGGCCCUUGGGGGAAAUACAGUGAUCCUGCAGGCUGUGCAAGUGGAGCCCAACCUCCACAAGCCUAUGUACUACUUCCUGUCCAUGUUGUCUUUCAGUGAUGUGGCCAUGUCCAUAGCCACGCUGCCCACUGUACUCCGAACCUUCUGCCUCAAUGCCCACAGCAUAACUUUUGAUGCCUGUCUAAUUCAGAUGUUUCUUAUUCACUCCUUCUCCAUGAUAGAAUCGGGUAUUCUGCUGGCCAUGAGUUUUGACCGCUACGUGGCCAUUUGUAACCCCUUGCGCUAUGCCACUGUGCUCACCAAUGAAGUCAUUGCUGCAGUGGGUUUAGGUGUGACUGCUCGAAGCUUCAUCACCCUCCUCCCUCUUCCCUUUCUUAUCAAGAGGCUGCCUAUCUGCAGAUCCAAUAUUCUUUCUCACUCCUACUGCCUGCACCCAGACAUGAUGAAGCUUGCCUGUGCUGAUAUCACUAUCAACAGCAUCUAUGGACUCUUCGUUCUUGUAUCCACCUUUGGCAUGGACCUGUUUUUUAUAUUCCUCUCCUAUGUGCUCAUUCUGCAUUCUGUCAUGGCCAUUGCUUCCCAUGAGGAACGCCUCAAAGCUCUCAACACAUGUGUGUCACAUAUCCUGGCUGUACUUGCAUUUUAUGUGCCAAUGAUUGGGGUCUCCACUGUGCACCGCUUUGGGAAGCAUGUCCCACGCUACAUACAUGUCCUCAUGUCAAAUGUGUAUCUGUUCGUGCCUCCUGUGCUCAACCCUCUCAUUUAUAGCACCAAGACAAAGGAAAUCCGCCGAGCCAUUGUCCGCAUGUUUCACCACAUCAAAAUAUGACUUUCACAUUUGACUUUAGAACCUGUUGUUUAUUUUGGUCAUAGGCUCUCAUCAGUAGCAUCACCAUCAUCAUCAAAGUAUAAGAUAGAUGUAUGUGCUGGGGAGAAAGUAGGCCAGGAAAUGGUGAUGCAAAACUUAUAACACAAAACAAGGAGUUCCAAAUGAACAGUAUGUUCAGUAAACACCAACAGCAUUCUUUUUUUUUUUUAUUUUUUAUUGGAUUAUAGGUUUUGGAGUACAUGAACAGAGCAUGCAAGACAGUUGCGUAGGUACACACAUGGCAGUGUGCUUUGCUUUCCUUUUCCCCUUCACCCACAUUCUUAGAAAGAUAACUAUGGGGGCAAUUGAGUAAUUAGACAAGUUUUACAAAGGAAAAUUAAUUUAAGCUAGGAAUUAUUUUCUAUAAUAAUGAAUAUGACUAAUAUCAUAAUUAGUGAACUUAGUCCUAAAAUGUGUCAAUUCUAUUAUAAAUUAUUUAUGUGCAUUGGUUCACUUAAUACUUGUACAAAUAGUAUAAGACAGAGAGAAUUAAGUUAAUUCUUCACACUAACAUAGGUAAUAUGUGGUCCAAUUGAGAUUCAGUACUAAUCUCUCUCUAGUGUUAGGCAGCACCCAACCACUGCAAAUAUGGCCUUACUGUCAAAUUGGCAUCACUUAACAUUAUCAUUACUGCCUUUGCUUUCCCCACCACUGUCAUUCUCAAACACUCAUACAUUGCUUUAACUUCACAAAGUGAAAUAGGAUUAAUCAUUAGAAUUCACCACAAAAUAUAUGAACAAAUAUUAUCCAGGUAAACUGAUAGAUAUUGACAUUUAGAAAAAUCUCCAGAUCUCUCUUUACUACUUUUAUAUGCCUACCACUCAGUCCUCACCAACAGAAAACAAUGUUCAGUAUCUGAGACAUCUGAUUCAUAGAAUUUUGGGGGAAAUCUCUUUCCUUCUUGAGAUUUUAACUGUCUUCCAAAAAAUGACAUGUUCUAGGAUUUCCAGUUGCAAAAAAAAAAUUCCUAGAAACAUCAGGAGAAAUACCUAAUGUAGGUGACGGGGGAAUGGAUGCAGCAAACCACCAUGGUAUAUGUAUACCUACCUAUGUAACAAUCCUGCACAAUCUGCACAUGUACCCCAGAACUUAAAGUAUAAUUUUAAAAAAGAAGAAAAAGCCUAGAAUAGACAGAUUAGAGCACUUAUGAUUUAGAUACCAGAAAAUAAUUCUUUCAGACCUUCUCAUACUCUUCCCUUGAUACCAGAGAGGUAGGAUAUAGCAAGAAAUAUCUUGUUGCUAAUUUUAGUGCUUUCAGACUAAAUUUGGAUUUACUUGUAGAUGAAAAGAGAGAGAGAGAGGUGAGACAGAGAGACAGAGAGAAGGGAAAGAGAGAGAGAGAGAGAGAGAGGAGAGACAGAGAGAGAGAGAGAAGGAGGAGAGACAGAAGGUGGGGAGAGAGAGAGAGAUGCACUAUGUAGUCUAACUUGACUCACCAGGGAAACUGCUUAUGCCUACAAUAAUGAGCAUCAAUGUAGCUGCAAAGAACAUGACUUUGUUCUUUUUAUGGAUAUAUAUGUACCACAUUUUCUUUAACCAGUCAACUGUUUAAGGGCACCUUGGUUGAUUUCAUGUCUUUGCUAUGGUAAAUAGUGCUGUGAUGAA